AUGGCUGACCACGAAUACAACGCCGAGGAGGCUGCCGAGAUCAAGAAGAGAAGACAGUUCCGCAAGUUUUCUUACCGCGGUAUUGACCUCGACCAGCUCCUCGACCUCUCCUCCGAGCAGCUCCGUGAUGUCGUUCACGCCCGUGCCCGCAGACGUUUCAACCGCGGUCUGAAGCGCAAGCCCAUGGGUCUCAUCAAGAAGCUCCGCAAGGCCAAGCAGGAGGCCAAGCCCAACGAGAAGCCCGACCUCGUCAAGACCCACCUCCGUGACAUGAUCGUCGUCCCCGAGAUGAUCGGCUCCGUCGUCGGUAUCUACUCCGGUAAGGAGUUCAACCAGGUUGAGAUCAAGCCCGAGAUGGUUGGCCACUACCUGGCUGAGUUCUCUAUCUCUUACAAGCCCGUCAAGCACGGUCGUCCCGGUAUCGGUGCCACCCACUCUUCCCGUUUCAUUCCCCUCAAGUAA